AUGCGUUGCUUUCCAAUCUACCAUCUGUUGGUCGCCAUAGGCCUUCUGGCCUGCGUCGCCUACUCCAAUCCCAUCCGAGUCCCCAGCGUCCGCGUCCCCAGCCCUCGUGUCCCCAUGCCUCGUGUCCCCAUUCCUCAUGUCCCCAACUACAGUCCAGAAGACACAGAGGAAAAGAAGAAGGCUUGCGGCUGCGGCGGUCGCAAGCGAUGGGAAGGGUGCCUCGGUCACGACUACGGUCACAGAAGCGUGGACGUACCAGAGCAUGACGGACAUCACCACCACCGAAGGAAUGAUGGAUCUCCCAAGGCUAAUGCAGACAUUGAGAAGAGCGAGACCAAGCCCGAAGAGAAUAACAAGAAGUAUAAAGUUCCUCUCAAUGUUCCUCCCAUGAUACCUGGCGAAACCCUCUUCGACUACAUGAAGAGGAUAGGUGUGCGCUGGCCUUGGGGCUAUCCACGCUUCGUCUUGCCCAUCGAGAAGGGCGAGACUAAGGCCAAAGAUCACAAUAAAAGGGGAAAAGAAUAUCCAAAAGUCAGAACUGUCGAGGAAAUUCGUGAACAUUUCGAAAAGAACAGAAAAUUAAAGGAGCCACCACACGAAAGACGGUCAUUCCCAACAGCUAAUGCACACAUCGAGAAGACCAAGACUAAGCCCGAAGAUAAUAACAAAAAGGGAAAAGAAUAUCCAAAAACCCGAACUGUCGAGGAAAUCCGUGAACACUUCGAAAAGAACAGAAGAUUGAAAGAUCUACCUCAUGAAAAACGACAGGAUUUCACAAAUCCUCAUUACGAGAAACUCGGCUAUGAGGAACAACAGGCCCUCCGAGCAGUCAACGUCACCAUCGAGCAGAACGGUAAAGACCCUAUCGCCAUCAACAUCAUCAUCCGGAACAACAGCAAGAUGAAUGUCACCAUCAUGACACGCAACUCUGUCGUUGAUAAAGAUUCCUUCCGUCUGGGCUACUUUAAUAUCUCUCCAGACGACACAAAGAUCAACUUUGCGCCCCAGAGGGAGGAGUUUGAGUGGUUUCACACGCAGAUGGGCAAAUACACCAAGCCUCACGAUCGCAAGUAUCACAAAAAGUAUUUGGUUAAUGAUCUGGUGCAUCUGAGGCCGAACGAGACUUAUCAGCAGACCAUUCCCAUUCCCAGUGGGACUAAGGGCGAGAAGGAACAGUGGUUCAAGAUGAUUCGCCAUGCGAAGAAGAUCAAGCUUUUUUUUGGAGGGUAA